CAGCGUGUUCCUAAGGCGACCCGGGAAGGGCUGCGAGCUUGACAGAUGUGCAUGAGGAGGGGCCUGGUCGGCCUCACCUUUUGUACCUGCUACCUGGCUUUUUACCUCACGAACAAGUAUGUCCUGUCUGUCUUGAAAUUUACCUACCCUACAUUGUUCCAAGGGUGGCAGACGUUAAUUGGUGGACUUUUGCUUCAUGUGUCCUGGAAGCUGGGCUGGGUGGAGAUCAACAGCAAUUCAAGAUCUAAUGUUUUGACGUGGCUUCCUGCUUCGCUGCUGUUUGUGGCCAUUAUCUAUGCUGGUUCCAGAGCAUUGUCCAGACUGGCCAUUCCUGUGUUCCUCACUUUGCAUAAUGCAGCCGAAGUUAUUAUCUGUGGGCACCAGAAUUGUUUUCGGAAAGAGAAAACAUCUCCUGCAAGGAUCUGUAGUGCCCUCUUCCUCCUGGCCGCUGCCGGAUGCCUUCCUUUUAACGACGCCCAGUUUGAUCCAGAUGGAUAUUUCUGGGCUGUAAUUCACUUAUUCUGCAUGGGGGCUUAUAAGAUACUACAAAAGUCUCAGAAACCCAAUGCAUUAAGUGACAUUGACCAGCAGUACUUAAACUACAUAUUCAGUGCGGUGCUUCUGGCGUUGGCAUCUCAUCCCACAGGUGAUCUCCUCGGCAUCCUGGACUUUCCGUUCCUGUACUUCUACAGAUUCCACGGCAGCUGCUGUGCCAGUGGGGUUUUAGGAUUCUUUCUCAUGUUCAGCACAGCGAAGCUAAAAAGGCUCAUGGCCCCGGGGCAGUGCGCAGCCUGGAUUUUCUUUGCUAAGGUGAUCACAGCUGGUGUAUCCAUACUGCUGUUUGAUAUGGUCCUGACCAGCGCGACGGUGGGAUGCCUCCUGCUCGGUGGACUUGGAGAGGCCUUGCUGGUGUUCUCAGAGCGGAAGGGUGCCUGAAGAUGCCCGCAGGAAAAGGAGAGCCACUGGCUGCCCACUGGAGAGGACAGCCGCAGGCUGCAGAGGUCCGUGCUGAAUGUGUUAGAAAGAAGAAAGCCAGGAUGGGGAGACCACUGCUUCUCACUGCGUCAGGAACAUUCUCAGAGCCUUGGGCCUCCGCAGAGAAUGAUGUUGUGUCUUCCCUCUUUGAGAGGUUUGCUAGAGCCAUGCUGUUCCGGGUCACGCAGAAACAGAUGCAGGACUUCCCCUGGGAGGGGGCCGGCUCCACUCACCUCGGCUGGUGCACAGGCCUCCUCAUUAAACAGCCAUCACCAAACACUGCUUUCGCUCCGUGGUGGCAGCCCACGGUAUGUGGUCGAGUUUUUUGUUUUGUUUUAUGUUUUUACAUCUUGGGAGCCUCCUGGGGAUGUCCUUUCCUUGCUCUCACGCUGGCUUGUCUAGAGCCCUCGCUCACCACUCACGCGAAUUCCUCAGGAGGUCUCCCACUCGGUGGGGUAUGGAGCCAGCAAGGACGGCGUUACUCUAGAGUGAGUGCUGAGGUCCUCUUGUGGUCCUGUGUUCUGUUGCGUUGUGCUGUAUUAAAUUCUGCACACUUCUUUUUUUUGCCUGCCAUUCAAUUAACUUGAUACUAAAUGAUCACCAGAGGGAAUAGGGUUCAUAAGCACUGAUGAUGCCCUCCUUGAGCAGGUGAAAAAAGAAACAGCCCUUUAACAUAUGGGUAUGUGCACAUUUAUAUUUAUAUUCCUUAAAGCUUUUAACUCAUCUAGUGAUUACCAAUAUCUUAGAGUAAGUUGCAAAUCACUGAACACUGAAGUGUAUUUUUCAGGCCUGAUUAAAAAUUGGAUUAAAACUCGAAACCUUGCCUCUAUGAGAAUCGAAAGAAAUGAGUUUGCAUGAAAUGGUUAUUUGAUUGUGAACCCACAGUAGAGGUUUAAGAAAAUAACAUCUAACUCCAAAUACUUCUCUUCAGAGUAGGUUUUUUGAAUACCUUACCACUCUGCCAGGUGUCACUUUCGGUCAUUUUGAGAUGGAGGCGAUAAUGAAUUUCGUGAGUCUUCUCCAGGCAGGGGCCAGGCCCUGGAGUGUUGGACGCCCCCAGGCUCGUCGUGGAUGGAGAGGCCCCCCCAGCACCUAGGAAGUGAGCCUGGUCCAUCCUCUGUCCUGUGAAGAGCAGGGUCAGCUCAGUCAGCAGCCGUUCUUUCCACCUGUUUCCUCCAAUGUGUAGAGAAAAUGAAUAUCUGGAAUUUGCAUACGUCAAAUGCAUUUCCUUGUCCUUUCCUGGUCUCUGCUUGCCAUUUAGGUAAAGAUCUUCAGAGCGAUCUUUGCACUGAGAGAGUUUCCUUUCGCGCUGCGCCUGGGUUGUCAGACUUCCUAUAGAUUGAGGAUCAAAUAGAAAGUUUGGGUUUGGAAGUUUCCUUGUCCUUUUGCUCCCACAAGACCCCCUCUGUAUAACCGAGGCCAGCUGUUUUCCACGUGUGGCACGUGGCACCUGUCCGAAUGUCAUCUCAUACCAGUCUCUCCGAGUGGCCUUCAUGCGACUGGAGACUCCUAAGUCUGGAAGGAACCAUGUGCGUUCACAAGCUCAGCCCCCUGCUUCCAGCAGGACUGACCUCCAACACUUUGAAAAGUUGUGGGCAUUUCUUUUAAAGACUCUCUAGCCAGGGUUUUUUGUUGCUGUUGUUGUUAUUGUUGUUGCUCUUGGUUUUGUUUGCCUGAUGUUUUAAAAAUCAUAUUCCAGAGCCCCAUUGUUUUUACUUUGACAUCAGCAAGAAGCAGAGUAUAAAUAAGGUGUUUCUUCCAUAUUUCAUCCUGUUUCCUUCAACUUCUACCUCUUGGGUUUUUUCUUCAACUUUCAACGGCCAUCUCUUAUGCCCAAGCUCACAUGCUCAGCUCUGAAUGGGCGGUGAGCCUAGAGGUCUGUAAAACCGGGGCCUGGCCCUGGGCAUUGGAGCCACAUUACUGUCACCUCCUGCAGCUCUCGGGGCCUCAGGGCCCCUGGAUGGGCAAUCUCCAGGUUACCCCAGCACUCCUGGUUACCUGAAAUGAUCCCCUUGGUCAUGUCCUCUCUGGAUCCUGAUUACCCGAGGCCUUGUUGCCUGCAAAUCAAAGCCAGGGUGUUUUGUUUUUUCAUUUGUAGAAAUAAAGAGUGUGCUUUCUGCCGAGAGAGGCAAGGUUCUGUAUGAUUGUGUAUUGUUAUUAAUCUGCUAUGGCUACAAGAAAAAUAAACCAUUUAUUUUUUUACUUAUUGGUAAUUUGCCUCUCUCUUCUCUUUAACCCCGGCAAGAGGGUAUUGUGGAAAAGGUUGUCAUCCUUGGGGAGGGAGUUCUUUCAUCUUAAACAUGGGCCUAGACUUCUACCAACAUCCAGGCCGCUCAUCUGUCAGUGUGAGGGGGGGCACCCAACUCCUCGCUCUAGACUGCUCUGCACAGCCAGGGCACGUGUGGCCUCUGAGCACUGAAGUGGGGGCGGGUGCAAAUCCAGGUGUGUUGUAAGUACACACCAAUUUUGAAGAUUUAGUUUGGAAAAGAAUGUAAAAUUUAC